UGUCAGAGAAAUUGCAAAGAAAGAAGAACAAGGCUCAUAGAGGUUCUGAUUUAGUCCAUUUUCAACCUCACAUUCACACUGCAGCAGGCACCAAGAAACUAUCUUCUUGAGAGUUGAGAUCUCAGAUCUACAAUACAAAAGCACUCCAGGAAGGCAGAUCAAUAGGAAGCCAACAUUCAACAGAUGCAGCAAAGCAAGCAGAAUAUGGCUUCUCUGAACAAUGAACCAACAGGUUGGUUUAAACAGAUGCUUCAAUAGAUGCAGCAAAGCAAGUAGAAUAUGGCUUCUCUGAACAAUGAAGCAGCAGCCAGUUCUUCAUCUUCUUCUCUCCCACGUUCUUCUACUGAUCACCAAAAUCAUUACACAUACGAGGUCUUCCUAAGUUUUCGAGGCGAGGAUACGCGCUUUAAUUUUACAGAUCAUUUGUAUAUCGCUUUGUGUGACAGGGGAAUUGAGACCUUCAGAGAUGCUGAUAAGCUUAGAAGAGGAGAAGAAAUAUCAGCGGCAGUUCUCAAAGCAAUUGAGGAGUCCAGAGUUUCAAUCAUUGUCUUCUCUCAAAACUAUGCUUCCUCAAGGUGGUGUUUGGAUGAACUCGUCAAGAUACUUGAAUGCAGAAAAUCUAAAGGACAAGAGGUUAUACCAGUUUUCUACAAAGUGGAUCCCUCACAUGUACGACACCAAAGAGGUGCUUUCGGUGAUGCAUUUCCCAUACUUGAUCAAUGCAAAUACAAGGAUAGGGUGGGAAAAUGGAGGGAAGCUCUUUCAGAUGCAGCAAAUUUAUCUGGAUGGACUUACGAGGAAGACCGGUCCGAAGCUGAAUUUAUCAAGAAGAUUGUUGCGGACUUGUCCGCUCGAGUAGUAAACCCUUCAUAUGACUUGGAUGUUGCUGAACAUCCAAUUGGAUUAGAGGCUUGUAGACAAGAUGUCAACAGUCUUUUAAAAGUCGAGGAAAAUAUUAUUCGCAUGGUGGGCAUAUGGGGGACUGGUGGAAUAGGAAAAACCACGAUUGCGAAAGCUGUGUUUAAUUCAAUUCGCCAUAAGUUUAAAUCUUGUUGUUUCUUGACAGAUGUUAGAUCAAAAGGCCUAGCCCAACUGCAAGAGACACUUUUGUCUGAUAUUUUAAACUCAAAUUUGAAGGUGAACAGUGUUGAUCAAGGAGUUAGUUUUAUAAAAACAAGAAUGCGACAUAAAAAAGUUCUCUUAAUCCUUGAUGACGUGAGUGAUUCUUGCCAAUUACAGAAAUUAGUUCCAUCCCCUAUUUGUUUUGCGCCGGGCAGUAGAAUUCUCAUAACAACAAGAGAUAAACGUUGGCUAAUUGCUCAUGAAGUUGAUGAAGUAUACGAGGUCAAGAUGUUAAAUGAUCGUCUUGCUUUGGAGUUGUUUAGUUUGCAUGCAUUCAGAAGAAAUGGACCUCCAAGCGAUUAUCUGAAACUUGCACAACGUGCAGUACACUAUGCCCAAGGCCUUCCAUUAGCUUUGAUAGUUUUAGGCUCUCAUCUAUUUCGUAGAAGCAUAGAGGAGUGGAAAGCUACAUUAGGUAGUUGUAAAGGAGGUCCUCAGGCAGAUAUACAGAAAGUUCUCAAACUAAGUUAUGAUGCACUAGAAAAGGAUUUGCAAGAACUAUUUCUUGAUAUUGCUUGCUUCUUUAAAGGUAACCAUGCAGCCCGUGUGAAACCAAUACUAGAAGCUUGCUACGACCACAAAACAAUGGUGAUUGGUAUUGCACAACUGCAAGAAAAAGCCUUGAUAAGAAUUGACAGAGAUGAUCACAUUUGGAUGCAUGACUUGAUAGAAGAAAUGGGUAAAGACAUAGUGUAUCAAGAGUCACCUGAUGAACCCGGGGAACGCAGCAGGGUGUGGAGUGAAGAAGAUGUCGACGACAUUCUAACAAAUAAUACAGGAACAAAUAAAGUUAAAGGCAUCCAGGUCUCGUGGCGAUCAUCUAUAAUAUCUUUGAAUGCUAAAAGCUUCUCAGAGAUGAAGAAGCUUAGAUAUAUUUCUAUGAGAAUAUCCUUUUUAGGAGAUAUUGAUUAUCUCUCCGACCAGUUGAGGUGGCUUGAUUGGCCAGAAUGUCCGUUGCAAUGUUUUCCAUCCGAUUUUCAUGCAAACAAACUUGUAAAUCUCAAUAUUCCUCGCAAUCGCAUAAUCACACGACUAUGGGAGGGGCGUAAGAAAUUUUCAAGGCUAACAUGUAUGAAUUUAAGUGGUUGUACAUCCCUAAAGGAACUCCCAGACUUUAGUGGAUUCCCUAACUUGAAAAGGUUGGAUCUAUCUGGGUGUACCAGUUUAGUUGAGGUUCCUGAUUCAAUUCGAUUCCUUUAUAAUCUUGAGAGUCUUGAAGCGAAUAGUUGCCCAAAACUGGCCACAUUUCCAAAAAUUCCAGUAAAGAUGGAUUCCUUGAGACUACUCUCUCUUAAAGGCAGUGACAUAAGAGAAUUGGAUGAGUCAAUUGAAAAUCUCAUUGGGCUUGAAUAUUUGGAUCUUACUGAUUGCAAAAAUAUGACAACUCUACCGUGCAGCAUUUAUGGGUUGCAAAAUUUAUGGUUUCUUGAUCUUGGUGAAUGCUCAAAACUUGUCAGAUUUCCAACAAAUACUAGAAUUUUGAAUGUCGUUGGUUGCUCUCUAUCACUUCCCAAGCUAGGUGUGUUCAGUAUUGCAGGAUGCAGUUUGUUAUCAGAUUGUGAUUUCCUGACGACUCUUGAUUGCUGGGAAACAUUACAGUGGCUUAAUCUGUCAAGAAACAAUUUUGUUAGUCUUCCUGCUUGCCUCACCAAAUUUGUCAAGUUGCGGAUGCUUGACUUUGAGGGUUGCAAGAGACUCCGAGGAAUUCCAGAGCUUCCACCAAGCAUCGUUGACCUAAACAUACUUCCAGAAAUUCCAGUAAAGAUGGAUUCUUUGAGAGGGCUCUCUCUUUCAGGCAGUGACAUAAGAGAAUUGGAUGAGUCAAUUGAAAAUCUCAUUGGGCUAGAAAAGUUGGAUCUAUGGCAUUGUGAAAAUCUUACAACCCUGCCGUAUAAUAUUUAUGAGUUGCACAAUCUAAAGACUCUUCAUGCGAGUGGAUGCUCAAAACUGGCUACAUUUCCAAAAAUUCCAGUAAAGAUGGAUUCUUUGAGAGAACUCUCUCUUUCAGGCAGUGACAUAAGAGAAUUGGAUGAGUCAAUUGAAAAUCUCAGUGGGCUUGAAUAUUUGGAUCUUACUCAUUGCAAAAAUCUCACAACUCUACCGUGCAGCAUUUAUGGGUUGCACAAUCUAAAGACUCUUCAUGCGAGAGGAUGCUCAAAACUGGCUACAUUUCCAAAAAUUCCAGUAAAGAUGGAUUCUUUGAGAGAACUCUAUCUUUCAGGCAGUGACAUAAAAGAAUUGGAUGAGUCAAUUGAAAAUCUCAUUAGGCUUGAAUAUUUGGAUCUUACUGAUUGCAAAAAUCUCACAACUCUACCGUGCAGUAUUUAUGGGUUGCACAAUCUAAAGACUCUUCAUGCGAGAGGAUGCUCCAAACUAGCUACAUUUCCAAAAAUUCCAGUAAAGAUGGAUUCUUUGAGAGAACUCUAUCUUUCAGGCAGUGACAUAAGAGAAUUGGAUGAGUCAAUUAAAAAUGUCAUUGGGCUUGAAUAUUUGGAUCUUACUGAUUGCAAAAAUCUCACAACUCUACCGUGUAGCAUUUAUGGGUUGCAUAAUCUAAAGACUCUUCAUACGAGAGGAUGCUCAAAACUGACUACAUUUCUAAAUAUUCCAGUAAAGAUGGAUUCUUUGAGAGAACUCUCUCUUUCAGGCAGUGACAUAAAAGAAUUGGAUGAGUCAGUUGAAAAUCUCAUUGGGCUAGAAGAGUUGGAUCUAUGGAAUUGUGAAAAUCUUACAACCCUACCGUAUAAUAUUUAUGAGUUGCACAAUCUAGAGACUCUUCAUGCGAGAGGAUGCUCAAAACUGGCUACAUUUCCAAAAAUUUCAGUAAAGAUGGAUUCUUUGAGACGACUCUCUCUUAAAGGCAGUGACAUAAGAGAAUUGGAUGAGUCGAUUGAAAAUCUCAUUGGACUUGAAUAUUUGGAUCUUACUGAUUGCAAAAAUCUCAUAACUCUACCGUGCAGCAUUUAUGGGUUGCAAAAUUUAGGGUUCCUUGAUCUUGGUGAAUGCACAAAACUUGUCAGAUUUCCAACAAAUACUAGAAUUUUGAAUGUCGAUGAUUGCUCACUAUCACUUCCCAAGCUAGGUGUGUUCAGUAUUGCAGGAUGCAGUUCAUUAUCAGAUUGUGAUUUCCUGAUGACUCUUGAUUGCUGGGAAACAUUACAGUGGCUUAAUCUGUCAAGAAACAAUUUUAUUAGUCUUCCUGCUUGCCUUACCAAAUUUGUCAAGUUGCGGAUUUUUGACUUGGAGGAUUGCAAGAGACUUCGGGAAAUUCCGGAGCUUCCACCAAAUGUUAAACCAAAAAUAAGAGGUUGUGAAUUACUGGAGGAGAGAUUCUCGACAUUGACAAAUCGUGGAGCUGUGAUUGAGAUGGCGUCGUCGUCAAUUGAAGAGCCAAAUCCGACGUCAUGGCUUUCUUUGUCUUCCGAAACUCCGAAAUUACACCGCAGCACGGAAGAACCAACCCCAACACCAGUGAAUCCUCCGAUAUCUAUCUCCCAAAUCCCCAUGAUCCCUGACCUGCAGACCCAUCACCGUGGCUGGCGUUGGUGGCGUUGGUGGCUUUCGUCGGCGAAUGACGAUUAUCACCAUCCACAAGAGCAGCAGGAGCAUCCGAUUUCUCCGCAGCUCCCAUCACUCAAUUAGUCCGCAACUUCAACACCAUGAGGAACCAACUGAGUUGUUAAUGCUUUCUCUGUCUUCAGAACCAACAAAACAUCGUGGCGCAGUUAAAGGUGAUCAAGACCAGUGGCUCUCUUUGAACUCUGAAGCAUCCACUUCAGAGUUUAGACAAUAAUAUCAUUUAGUUGAGACACAGAGGUUUGAAAUCCCACCUCCUAUUUAGAAAGAUUUCAACAUUUCUCAAGUUUGGGUAUGACCCUGUUUUGAGGCUGUCUUCAUCUGCCAUAUACUCAUCAAUCUGUAAGUUCAUAUAUUCAUCUUUUUCUUUUACUGCAGAUCUAUGUUGUUUGUUACUGCAUUAGAAUUUCAAACUUUGUAACCAUGUGCAUCAUGUACAAUUAACUAUGGCCUAUUUUGACUUGCAACUGUUAUUCCAGAAUUUAACAAAUGGCCCAGUCAAGUUACUCACUAUAAGCACUAAAUGGUACAUUCAAAGUGAUGUAUGCAUUGGCAGUCAGAAAUAUUGGGGACUAUAGAUUUUGCACUUGGAAAGGUUACAGACUCUGGCCAAGUUGGCUACAUGGUGAUUGCUGAUCUCCUGAAUUUGAGAUAACCGCAAAUGAGUGGUAUGCUGAUACGAAUGCCGAGCAGUAAGCUACCGAAAGGCAGGCAUUUGAUUGGGGAUAGUGUGGUUUACGAUGUGGGUGUUUGGUUGCCCCGGGAUUUUCAGCCGCGGCUAGAAGUUACCCCUAUAAUUAAGGGAAUAUUCAGGUUUUGAAUAUACACACUGCAUUGAGUUCGUUGUUUCAAGCUCAUACACAGAGGGUCACAGACAUGGCUUUCUUUGCCGAGGAUGUUCACCUUUUGGCUAGUGUGAGUGUAGAAGGACGGCUUUUUGUGUGCAAAAUUUCUGAAGGUCCAGAUGAAGAAGGUACGCCACAAAUCAUAGGAAAGAUUGUUAUGGCCAUUCAAAUAGUUGGUCAGGGGGAAGCUGUUCAUCCAUGAGUUUGGUGGCACUGUCAUAAACAAGAGGUUUUGGUUGUUCAGGUUGGGAAGCGUUUCUACAAAUUGUUACUACUAAAGUUGCAAAGGGUGAAGUCCCUUCUGCUGAGGAUCCUAUUAGGUGUCUUAUUGAAAAACUUAUUGAUGGGAUCCAAUUUGUUGGUAAACAUGAUGGAGAGGUGACAGAUUUAUCAAUGUGCCAAUGGAUGGAACUAUAAAGAUCUGGGAAGAUCGCAAGUCACAACCACUUUUAGUACUGAGAGGCUAUGAUGGCUUUCCUGUUUAUUCGUCUACAUUUGUGACGGCUCCCAACAGGCCUGAUCACAUUAUGCUUAUAACAGUGGGCCCACUUUAUCGGGAAGUGAAGAUUUGGUCGUCAGUGAGUGAAAAAGGCUGGCUGCUUCCCAGUGGUGCUGAGUCAUGGAAAUCUACCCAGACCUUAGAGUUAAAGAGCUCUGCUCAACCUCGAGUUGAGGAUGCAUUCUUUAAUCAAGUCAUAGCAUUCUCACAAGCUGGCCUUCUUUUACUUGAAAAUGCUAAGAAGAAUGCUAUAUAUGCCGUGCACUUAAGACUUUGGUGGUGAGCCAGCAUCUACACGCAUGGAUUACAUAGCAAAAUUUAAUGUUACAAUGCCUAUUUUGAGCUUUACUGGGAUAAGCAUGUCACCUCAUGGUGAACAAAUUUAUUGUGUCCAAACACAAGCCAUUCAACAGUAUGCUUUGGACUUAUCCAAGUGCAUACCUCCCCCAUUCUGUAGUGUGUACUAAACAAGUUUCUGAAUUAGAUUAGCAUUCUGCUAGUCAUAUAAACAGAAAAUCUUUAAAAGUUAGCUCAUUUAAAUUUAAAUUGAGUUCUA